CUGCGAAAAGAGAUACAUCAUUUGAUAUGUAUGAACACGGCUAUUAUCAAGUUAAGAUAUUGGCUCUGUUUUGACACAGUAUAUGAUACAUUGUAUAUUGAUAUAGUGAUAUGUUUAUAAAGUGCCUCAUACAGCUAUAACAUCAAAGCAGUUAAUUUCGUCAGAGAUUUAGUUAGAAUGGACAUCGACCUUAGUUACGCGAACGCAACAAAUUCGAGACAGUACGUGUACAAAACCCAUAUGCAGAUGCUCACACAAUGGGCGCAGUCAUUUCCAGAGAAAGAAGCAUUUGUAGAAUAUGAUGCGAAUGCAAAGAGACAUUCCAUAACAUGUCAGGAGUUGUUAGAGAAAAGUAAAGAAUUCGGGUGGUAUGUGGCCAGUAUUGGGAUUCGGAAAGGCGAUACUGUCGCGUUCUGUAUGAAAAAUUCUUUAAACAUGCUCAUUUCAAUGUUUGGUGUACAAUUUGCUGGAGGAAUACCAAUAUCGACAAUGCAAAGUAUGGCAGACGGAAGUGACGUCAUAGAUACGAUCUGUGACCACAAUUCCAAAUUGCUAGUAAUGGACGCCACAGAAGGGGACCAAAGCUGGAAAAUGUUUGAAAACGUUCAAUCAUCUGAAGAUACCUCACUUCUUGGAAUCAUAUACAAUAACAGAUCGACCGAACUGUUCCAUCAUAACUUCGAAGAGAAUGCAACUCAUGUUGUCAAUUUAACAAAUACACCGGAAGUACAACUACCGGAUUUGUAUCCUGAAGAUAUAGCGGUAUAUUUCAAAACAUCUGGAAGCACCGGUAAACCGAAACUUGUAGGGCAUAGUCAUUUUGGAUUUUUUAACAGUACGUACUCAAUCAACGAUUGUCUUGGAAUAGACAGCAAGUCCCGGUUUUUCUGCGACAGACCGUUCGGGUGGGGUGUAGGAUCUCCAAGGACGUUCCUUGCCUCUGGAGCAACUCGAGUAUUCGUGGAUAGUUUCUUGUCGAUGCAGCAAAAUAACAUUGAUCUGCUUUCUGAUAUCAUUCACCAAGAGAAAUGUACUCACGUGUAUCUACCUGGAUAUCUCAUCUCAGACUUAAUUAAAAGUCAGGGAAAUGAUGCAAAGUUUUCAAGUGUCAGAGCUAUCAAAUGUUCCGGAGAAAGAUUCCCAAAGCGGUAUACAGAAUUACUGGGACGUUUUUGUAAAGAACUGGUUAUAUGGUACGGGUCAACAGAGGCAGCUGGAGUAUCAGCAUUUUCUUCCCAGAAUUCCGAGGAAUACGAAGAUGGAAUCAUCGGGAAACCUCUACCCGGAAUUGAGAUGAAACUUACUGGCGAGAAUGGUAAUGUUGUACCGAUGGGACAGAAUGGAGAGUUGCAUGUUCGGAGCGUUUACAGAUUCCUGGAGUACAAAAACAUGCGUGAAAAGUUUCUUGACACAGUUGACAAUGGAAACUGGCUACAAACUGGUGAUCUGGCGCAUAUACGAGCAGACGGCAAUUUUGUACUGGUUGGUCGAACAUGUGACCAAAUGUCUGUUGGUAGCAUGAAGAUUUUUCCUCAAGAAGUCGAGAAAGUCUUACUAAAUUGCCCGGAGGUAGACGCAGUGAUAGUCGUACCGGUUCCAGAUGAAAGACUUCAUCAUGCUAUAUGCGCUUGUAUCGUUCUGUCAAAGACAAAAACUGCGGAUACGGACAAUAUGCACGAGUACUUCGCCCAUCUGUGGGCGGACAAUGCUUUAUUCAAGCCGAAGUACUAUAUGUCGUUUGAGAAAUUACCGGCAAAUGCAAGUGGUAAAACUGACAGAAAAAUGAUUGCCAAGAUGGCGGCUUCUGAACUGAAUCUGUGUUGAAAUUAUCUAGCAGGAUACAUAAAUGAGGAAGGCACUGAUCAGUUAAAAUGUUACAGAUUAUUAAUGUUGCAUAUUAUUAAUCAAUAUUAUUCUUCCUUCGGUGUAUAAUGGUUUGCAUAUAUCGCAUGUAAAUACAGAUUGAAUCAUUGAUCACCUGAAUCUUUUAAAAAAGCUUUUUGUUCUAACAACCCACCCAAACAAGCACUUUAACAAACGACUAAUUGUUGGUUAUGAAUUCUAUUCUAAUUCUAUACUGUUUGGUAUACUGUUACAGUGAAUCGUAUUGUAUACUGUUUGACAAUCUAAAGUAUAGAACGUUGGAAGCUAUUGUGUAUACCAAUAGAACAACGUUUUAAAAGUAGCUCAUAUAUAGUAUAGCAAAGAAUGUAUAUACCAUUAGAAUAUUAUCGGUUAGACAAUCUCGAGCUAAAGAAGAUACGUUGUGAAAAUCGUAAAGCAUGGAGUACGUUUGGUAAUUUGCACGUGUGGAGUUGGUCACUACGUUUUCCUUUUUAUGGUGCGAUGACUAAUCACGCGCAAGACUCCGUGAUGCUUUUCCGCUAAAUCCUAAAAAAUGGAUGGAAGAUGAGGAAUUUCGUUUUGCAUCUUGCUUAGUCGGGCUCUUAAAAGUCUGACUUUAAAUUUCCUCCUGUUAAGGACACGUUUUGCACACAUGUUUUGAAAACGUUGCAUCUUACGCACCUCACCUUAGCUACACCAUACAGAAUGGCAUUGCAGUAAUCCAAAUGUGAAAAAAAAACUAGAGACAAAACUAUAAUAUCAGUGGCUACUUUAGUUAAAUAUUUUCGGUUUUUCUUAAUUUGUAGGUAAUUUAUUCAACAUGGCUGUACGACUUUACAGGCUAUAUUAACCCUUACCAUGCUGAAUUUCUAUAAUGAACUGGUCCAUCUUCCAAUUUGGGCAGUACCAUUUAUCAUUUGAAGGGGUGUUUACUAAAAAUUUACUGACUGAAUAGCGAACAGUGCAGACCAUGAUCAGACUGCACGGAUGUGCAGGCUGAUCUUGGUCUGCACUGGUCGCAAAGGCAGAAUCACUUGCCGCCAGCAAGCCAAGGGUUAAGUAAGUUUAUAAUCCUACAGGCCACAGGGUCUAGUUUCGCUAAUUCCCUAUUGAUGUCAGAUACCGUAUAUCCAAUAUCCAGUAAUUGAUCUAGUGUAGGUCUAGUGUAGGUAUACUUUACAGGUGAACGACAGGUAAUGUAUGUUGUAUAUUCAUGAAGAAGAUUUCACUGGAUGCAAUCCACUCAAUCACAUAAGACACACAAUUCAUUAAGACUUUGUACAACGCGGUUACUAGAAUAGAAGAAAAUGAAUACAUACUCGUACAUAUUGAUUUUUCACUCAAUCAGGCUAGGUCCUCAAACAAAAUGUUACUAAAACUAUGCUUCAAGUUCGAGUUAAUUAGAGUCAUGUUAUGUGCCUUUUCUUAAAAGCAUUUUAGUGUAAUAUACCAUUAGCUCAUUUAAAAGUAAAUUUAUUUACUUAUUACAAUGUAUAUGAUAACGAAAUACUUUAAACAAUUAAUUGUUUGUUACCUUGCGUUUCUUAUUGGAAACAAAUGCAUGUCAUAAUUAAGACAUAGGUUCCAGAAUAAGACAACAUUUUUAUGUUAGAAAAAUUUAACAAAAGUAGAUCUAUUGUUAAAGUUAAUUUCUUUAUCUUGUUGAACAUUCGAUUAAUCUGUUAUGAUCUUUUACAUUUUACAAGAAACUUAAUCUAGUGUCAUUUAUUUAGCACAGAUUAUUUUGCAAUAUUUCUUCUAAAUCGAAUGGUGUAAAUAAAUGGUAUCAUUGUGUUGCAAAGAUAAAAUUAAUUCCAUUAAGUGACACUAGGAUGA